AAAGAGGUUCGGAAGCAAAAGGAGGAGGAUAUGCUAACAAAGGUGCUGCCUGUGUUGCGAGGGGCCCUCAGCAUACACGGUGUUCCAGAGCUCUACCUGGGCUCUUGCAUGAUUAUGACCAUUAUGGCCAACAAAGCAGAUCUCAGCGAAACCGCACUGAAUGCCCUAAUGGAGGCUGUGGCUGGCGGCUGGACCGAGCAGACUGUCGAGGACGGCAUGAUUUGUCUCUCGGUGCUCGCAGAAGAGAAGGAGCAGCUGAGCAUGUCGAGGGGCACAGUCCACGCUUUGUUGAAGCAGGAUGACUCUUUGGCCAUCAUCGAGCAGAUCGGCACAAAGUGCAGGGUGGAUAAGCUGCUUGCAGGCUUCGCAUUGGGCGCUAUUGACCAGAUCAAGACUCACCAAGACCCUCUGGCGAUCCAGUUGAUGGCUGAUGUGCUUGCUACGGAUCUGUUGCCCGAAACGUAUGCUGUACACGUUCUGGAGACUGCCAUCAGAACUAUUGUAAAGCUUCCAGCGGCUGCGUCUAAUGCUAAUGGUAGGCAAGAAAUGCUAGCUGUUCUAUCGAAAACGGCUGCGGAGGAGCGCGGAUCUAAAUUAUUGCAAAUGGCCGUGCAAAGGGCCAACGUGAAUCUGACCGAAUUGGACGCAGACCUAUCGCUACGGCUGACUGACGCCGGUGAAAUGGAGGAGGAUGUCGAUCAGAUGCUUAUCGACGAUACAUCUCAUGACGACACUCCUGACAGCCGUAUAUCAUUUGAUGAAUUGCCCAAGCUCAAGACCAAGGACUUUUCGUUUCUGGUGGGGGACGAGCAGACGACUUUCGAGGCUUAUUGCCUGGCAUUUCAGAAAGCACUACCCUCUAAACACGACUUGGCUACAUAUCUCAAUCUGCCAUCGCUUUCGAGGAGUACGGUCACGAAGCAGCCCACCACGCUUACGUUCUUUGCUCGUGCUUGGACGAGUGACGCUUCUGCUUCGGUGCGGGUCAAGGCCUUACAGGUUACCCGGGAGCUGCUUGAUCAAAUCAAAAAAAGUGGGAAGCUGCACGACAUGCAGGCCUUAGUUCCAUACAUUAUCACUGCGCUCGGCGACCCCAUCAAAGCCGUACGGAGCGCGGCUGCCUCCGCCUGUAUUGCGUUGCAUGGCUUGUAUGAGAUCAGUCAGCUGAAGAGCAUGGGCAUUUGGGCCAAGGCUACCUUUUAUGGAAACCACGGAGACAAUGUGCGGUGGCUGUCGCCGACCGAUGCGCACAGAUUUCUUACAGAUGCGCUAUUACCGGUUCUUGAAGAUUGUGUGGUUGACCAGAGCUACAUCGUCCAGCAUCUGGCAAACUCAAUCAAUGCCACUACUUCGCCUGGCAAGACCGACCGUAAAGAGUUGAAGCAAGCAUUGCGGGCCAGCAUAUACGGGUACCUCGUGUCUCUCGUCCCUGUUACGCCAGUCUUGACUGUUAAACUUUGUCUACUAGAUGUUUCGGGCAAGGUUGGCAAGAUCGCAGGUCCAACAACACGUGUACAAACCCUCCUACCAUACGUGAAGGAAACACUUGAUGAGACCGCUCCCGCGUCUUUGUUCAAGGAUAAUGUGCAGUUGCGCAAGGCCUUGGUCAGCAACGUGACGCAUCGUAGCGACGAGGAACUGCAAUUCUUGAAAAAGCUGGCAACUGGUGGUUUUGGCGACGGACAAGCACAUUAUGGGUUCGCUCGCCUGCGCCAGAUAUGGCGUAGCAUGAAGCUCAGUGCGCAGACUGAGCUUGCAUCUUGGCUCUUGACAGUCUCGCUAGGCCACGGAGAUUCGGCCGCGGCGGAGGAGACGCAGGCUCAAGCGCUGGAAACGCUGCGUGAUCUGCCUUUACCUACCGAAAUACUAGUGCACAUGGUUGAAGGUCUUCCGACCGUUGCGCAGCUGCAAGGACAGACCACGCCGGCGAAAAAGCAACGAACUAGCAGGGUCUCUGACGUCUCUAAGCUGGCCAGUAUUGACAAGGUCAAGCUCAACGCCGCCAUCAGUCAGAUUACCUUGGUGCUGGAGGUUGUGGAAGGUGCAAAGGCCGAGCAGCACCCUCAGUUGUUAAAGGGAUUAUUCUACCUUCUGAGCGAGCUCCAGCACUACAAAACAUUGCUGGACUCCGAGCUCGUCUAUCUCCAAGGCCUGCUGAUUAACAACCUCCUGUCAGUGGUGAAUGGUCUCAAGAAUGCCUCGGGUAAGGAUGUUGACCGCUCAGUCGUUCGUGCGGACCUGAUUGUCGAUUGUGUCCGAACCACAUCAAGUACACAAGUGCACCAGUCUGCCUUGUUACUGAUGUCUGCUUUGGCAUCAUGGGCUCCAGAUCUUGUUCUGCACAGCGUCAUGCCGCUGUUCACGUUCAUGAGCUCUACGAUAUUGAAACAAGGAGACGACUACAGUGCUCACGUCACCGAUCAGACCGUAGCACGCAUCAUACCGCCACUCGCGGCGUCGCUGAAGAAGAGAGGUCGGGAUCUGAUUACCGGUUCGGCAGAGCUGCUUCUGAGCUUCACCGCUGCCUUUGAACACAUUCCACUGCAUCGGCGUUCGGGACUUUUUCGGAAUCUGGUGCAGACUCUAGGACCAGACGAGUCGCUCUUUGCAAUCAUGGCUAUGCUCGUGGAGCGAUACCCAGAAGACACGAGCGUACUGCCAUUCAUCUCCGACCUUAUGAGCCACUUUGCAUCCACUACUGAGCUCAACGCGAUCAAGCAGUACCUGGGUAUUGUCUUCGACACCCUGAAACCGAAGCGAGCACUGUCCGAUGUCAUUCUCGGCUUCGGCGAAAAGAGUGCAGAGGAAGCAAAGGCAUCCACCAUGGUGCUCCUCGAAGGCUUGGCCAGCAUCAUGUCUCGGCACGAGCUGCGAAAUAAGCUCGCAAGGGAGCUCAAAAAGGGCAGCACGACGGCGGCCACGCUGCAGAGUAACUACUCUUCCAUACUGGAGAAGACAAUGCAGCUUGGGCUGCAGCUCAAGAACAACGAAGAUUUGUCAGACAGUGCCACGAAUGUCCUUACGGCACUUCUGGGCCUCAUGCCGACAAGCGACUUCAUCGAGUCGAGCGCCAUGCUCAUGCAGACCGGCUCCGACGAGAUUAGACAGCAAGUGUUCUGGUCGCUGGAACAGCGUGUGGAGACGGCACGACGUGGCGAUGCAACAUUACAACAGGUCUUCAUCGAGGUGCUACCGAAUUGCGCCCUCUUCAUAUCAAAGGAUCAGCCAAUUCCCACCAGGAUCGCGGCCAUCACCUGCAUGGACCGCAUCGCGGACAAGUUUGGCAAGACCGAUCGUUCGUCGGUCAUGUCAGCUGCACAAGAGAUUGCAGGAGAUGCAGCUCUGGGCGAGCAGGACGAUGAUCUCCGCCGCAUGUCCAUUCUGUGCUUAGCCAGCAUGGUGGAAGUGCUCGGAGAUGAAAUUAUACCGAUUUUGCCCAAGACUUUCGACACAGUCAUUCGCUACAUGCAGGAGACUGUGCGAGAGGGCGAUGAGCCAAAGAUGGAACUGCUUGUGGCUGGAUUCAGCUUUGGCAUGGCUGUGCUCGAUCAUGUUCCCUGGAUGCUAUCUGGAAAGUACCUGGAUCGUCUCCUUGUGCUCGCAGCCGAGACUGACGCAGACACCGUCAAGCAGUUCACUCAACUCGCAGCCAAAAAGGUGUCAGCCAGCGACUUCUUCGGUGCUAUUGAGCGCACUUGGUCCGAGAUUGUCAAAAUUUCCAAUGAAGAAGGCAUCCAGGCUGCACGAAUUCACCUUUCGGCUCUGCACAUCGCCGUUGAGCAUCACAACAAGGCUACAAUAUCACAGCAUGCUCAACUACUGUUCACCAUUCUGCUGUCUGCUUUUGACUUGCGACGCCAGCUUGCAGACGCCGAUGGCGACGACCACACAUCUCUUUUCGAUCUCGUCAAUCAGACGACGAUGCAAACUGUUCUCAAAUUGAACGACGCCGCAUUCAGACCCUUCUUCAUACGUUUUGGCGAGUGGGCGAUCAGUACUUUGCCACAAACGGACAGGGCUGGCGUUGUCCUCCGCUGCACAAGCCUCUACAGCUUUUCCCUUGCAUUCUUCGAGCAACUCAAGAGCUUGGUCACCAGCUACGCCAGCUUCCUGCUUGAGAAUGCAGCCUCUUUGCUCACGUCUUUGUCGCCAGGAAAUGAGUCCGAAUCGAAGCUAUUCAACCUCGUUGUCGAUACUCUGACCUCGAGUUUCUCGAACGAUCAGGACGGCUUUUGGCAAUCACCUGCGCACUUUGACACGAUUUUCAAGCCGCUUGUAUCUCGAUUGAGUACAGCCUCCACGUACGAUGUCAAUGCCCAUGUCAUUCCCGCCAUAACGGAACUGGCGGCAUGUGUUUCGAGCCAAGAACACCACAAGGCCGUGAAUGCUCUGAUCAUGACCUACAUGAGACAUGAGCACAGUGCAGUGCGACUGGCUGCCAUCAAGACGGAGAGGGCGUUGACGGAGAGAUUGCAUAUUGACUGGCUGCAUUUGCUGCCGGAGAUGCUGCCUUUUAUCAGCGAACUGCAGGAGGACGAGGAGGGAGUCGUGGAGCGGGAAUGCUUGAGAUGGAUAGGACAGAUCGAGGAGGUUACUGGAGAGAGUCUGGAGGGAAUGCUGCAGUAAUUAUCAGUAAUCAUGUACGGGUAGAUAUAUGUCUGAUACCUGCAG